AUGGCUGAAUCUCUGGAGCUUGAAAGUCUGUUUUCUUUGGAAGAAUUGAAGGAAGCUCUUUUGGAGUGUGACGGAAGCAAAAGCCCUGGACCGGACGGUUUUUCGAUGGAUUUCUUCAAAACGUUCAGGUUGAUUAUAAAGGAAGAUUUGCUUAAGUUUUGUUCUGACUUUUAUUCUAGAGGCAAGCUGGUCAAGUCCAUCUUUUCAGCUUUCAUAGCCCUCAUUCCUAAAAAUAAAAACCCCCAAGAUCUAUCGGAGUACAGACCGAUUUGCUUGGUUGGAAGUCUGUACAAAAUAUUACCGAAAAUGCUGGCUGCCAGGAUCAAAAAAGUGAUGGGGAGUCUUAUUUCUUGCAACCAAUCUGCUUUUGUACCAGGAAGGAAUAUGCUGGACGUUGUCUUAUUGGUUAACGAGGUUAUCGAUUGGGCUAAACAGAAUAAGUCAAGCUGUCUUCUUUUGAAAGUGGACUUCGAGAAAGCUUAUGAUUCUUUAUCGUGGAAUUUUCUGAGAGAUAUGCUGGUGAGGAUGGGAUUUGGAAAGAGGUGGUUGAUGUGGAUGGAUGCGUGCAUUUUUUCUAGUCAUUUCUCUGUUCUUGUUAACGGGAGUGCCACCCGUGAUUUUCGGGUCUAUAGAGGAUUGCGCCAAGGUGAUCCGUUGUCCCCUUUCCUCUUCGUAAUAGCAAUGGAAGCUCUUACAGCUUUGGUUAGAAAUUCUGUAGCGGUGGGUGGUUUCAAACCGUUCCAGUUUGGAAACGACGAGGGAAUCGACAUUCUUCAGUUUUCCGACGAUACCGUAAUUUUUGGGGAAGCAUCUACUGCAAAUCUGUGGAAUCUAAAAGUCAUUCUGAGAGGUUUCGAGUUAAUUUCAGGGCUGAAAAUUAAUUUUUCUAAAAGCAGUGUCAUGGGAGUGAAUGUGGGAGAUUGGAUCCUGGAUGCGGCAACAAAUUUCUUAGCUUGUAAGAGAGCUCCGAUUAAAGUUUUGAAUCAAAUUAGAGGAAUCCAACGUAAUUUCUUGUGGAGUGGAAAAGCAAACAAGAGGAGUAUUAACUGGGUGAAGUGGGAAACGAUUUGCAAGCCAAAGGAUAAAAGGGGAUUAGGAGUUAGAGACGUCGGAGAUUUCAACAGAGCGCUCCUACUAAAGUGGAAAUGGAGGCUUUUGAAGGAUGAUGGGGCGGUUUGGAAGGAUUUUGUGCAGUGGAGGUAUAAGAAUAGUAGGCUUAAAGUGUUCCUGCCAGCGGGUGAAGGUGUAAAUGCGAAAGAUUCGAAAUGGUGGCGUGAUGUUCUUUCCAUUGAUAUUUUAAGGGACAACUCGGAAGAAGGUUUCAGCUCCUGUGUUAAAUGUAUAGUUAAUAAUGGUUGUAGCAUUUCUUUUUGGUAUAGCAAUUGGUUGGGAAAUCAAUCGCUCCGUUUAUCUUUCCCGGUUUUGUUUGAUCUCUCAACCAAUAGAUAUGCAGCAGUUGGGGAUAUUGUGGAGUGGGAAAAUGGCAUACAAAGAUGGAAUUUUGAAAACCUUUUCGAUUCUGGCUCCUUUUUGCAGGUUAUUAAUACAAUAGGAGGACUGCAGGCGGCUUCAUGGCAGCAAUUCUUGGAUGACGUUAACGCGUUUUCGCUGGUUUCAUCAGCUGAGGACAGUUUCGUGUGGUUACCCAGGCAUGAUGGUGUUUUUUCUGUUGCAGGCGUGGUUGUUCUGCAAGAGGAGCAUAAGGAGUUUGCUUGGGGUUCUGAUGUUAUUAGUAGGCUAAGCAUUAUGUGGAAAUCGUCUAUCCCGCUAAAAAUUAAAAUAUUUGCUUGGAGGUUGUUGAUUUCUAGGCUGCCUUUGAAAGAUAUGUUGGUCCAUAGAGGGAUGGCAGCGAACAUCAUAGAUCCUAUUUGCCCUUUUUGUAACAAUAUUCAUGAGGAAUCCUUGGACCAUUUGUUCUUCUUGUGUCAAGCUUCUAAGAAUAUUUGGGACAAGGUUCUAGGGUGGAUUGGUUUUAGUUCAGGUUAUUUUCGGGAGGAGUUUUUGGGCUUAGACGAUAUUCAAAUUAAGGUGUCAAAUUCUCAUAUUCGGAACAAAGUUAAUAUCAUCUGGUUGUCGACUAUGUGGAGCUUAUGGCUUAUGAGGAAUGAUUUUGUCUUCAACAACAUUCCAUUCAGCUUUGAGACGGUGUUUAACAGAAUAGUGUUUCUGUCGUGGAGGUGGUCGGAAUGUAGUUUUUUGAUUCCUAGAUCUAGUUUCUAUGAUUGGUAUAAGUUACCCUUUUAG